CUCCACACACACACACACACAUCCCCUCUCCUCUCCUCUCCUCGGGCUCGAUCUCCCUCCCUCCGCCGCCGCCGCCGCCUCCUCUCCUCCCACCACCAACGCAUCGCCCCCGAGGCCACCCCUUCCUCCCCCUUGCCGGUGGGACCCUACGUCGCCUCGCUUCCCUCCCCGAUCCCCCCCUGCCCCCCUCCCCCGAUGCGAUGCCCCCGCGGCGCGAUCGCGUGACGCGCUGACGGCCGGCCGGCGGGUAGUAUGAAUCCCGACGAGGGCGACGACCGCCCCGAGGAGGCGGGGGCGGGCGAGGCGGCGGCCGGUUCGUCGUCGGCGCAGGCGCAGGGGCAGGGGCAACCUUUGGAGUGGCGGUUCGCGCAGGUCUUCGGCGAGCGCGCGGCCGGGGAGGACGUGCAGGAAGUUGACAUCAUCUCUGCAAUUGAGUUUGAUAAAUCCGGUGAUUAUCUUGCCACUGGAGAUAGAGGAGGCCGUGUUGUUUUAUUUGAAAGAACAGAUGCUCGGGAUCAGAAUGCCAGUCGGAGAGAACUGGAGAGACAAGAUGCUUCGAUUACUAGACAUCCAGAGUUCCGCUACAAAACUGAAUUUCAGAGUCAUGAACCCGAGUUUGACUAUCUCAAAAGUUUGGAAAUAGAGGAGAAGAUCAACAAGAUCAGGUGGUGCCAGACAGCCAAUAAUUCACUCUCCCUUCUGUCUACAAAUGAUAAAACAAUCAAAUACUGGAAGGUGCAAGAGAAGAAAGUAAAACAAGUUUCAGUUAUGAAUUUGAACAAUUCUCGGAGUGUAGGGACUGGUAGCACUUCUAGUUCAAGUACUAGUAGUUCUAGGGCUCUUCUUCCAAAUGGUGGAUGUUCAGACAAGUCCAGUUGCUUGAACAGUGAUAUUUUGUUUCCACCCGGAGGCUACCCUUCAUUACGUUUACCUGUGGUAGUUGCAAGUCAAGAUGUCAACCUUGUUGCUAGAUGUCGACGUGUAUACGCUCAUGCUCAUGAUUACCAUAUUAACUCUAUAUCAAACAAUAGUGAUGGCGAGACAUACCUAUCAGCAGAUGAUCUGCGUAUAAAUCUAUGGAAUUUGGAGGUAAAUAGCCAGAGCUUCAAUAUUGUUGAUGUGAAGCCUCCAAACAUGGAAGACCUAACGGAGGUCAUUACAUGUGCGGAGUUCCACCCAACUCAUUGUAAUAUACUGGCCUAUAGCAGUUCAAAGGGUUCUAUCCGACUCAUUGAUCUGCGACAAUCAGCUUUGUGUGACAACCAUUCCAAGAUAUUUGAGGAACAUGAAGCACCUGGAUCAAGAUCCUUCUUCACAGAGAUAAUCGCAUCAAUUUCAGAUAUAAAGUUUUCAAGGGAUGGAAGAUAUAUUCUUAGUCGUGAUUAUAUGACUCUCAAGCUAUGGGAUCUCAACAUGGAUUCAGGCCCUGUUUCAACCUUCCAGGUCCAUGAACAUUUAAGGCCCAGGCUAUGUGAUCUGUAUGAGAAUGACUCAAUAUUUGACAAAUUUGAGUGUUGUCUUAGCGGGGAUGGACUUCGUGUUGCAACUGGUUCCUAUGGUAAUUUGUUUCGGGUUUUUGGCUGUACUCCUGGAAGCACAGAAGCAACUACUUUGGAAGCAAGCAGAAACCCCAUGAGGCGGCAGAUUGUAAACCCAACAAGGCCCACACGCACACUAACCUCUCUGGCCCGUGGCGUGCGAAGAGGUGGGGAGAAUCAAGGCGUUGAUGCCAAUGGAAAUUCAUUUGACUUUUCAACCAAGUUGCUCCAUCUUGCAUGGCACCCAACCGAGAAUUCUAUUGCAUGUGCUGCUGCAAAUAGUUUGUAUAUGUAUUAUGCGUAGAAAGGUGCUAGAGGAAAUUUAUUGUUUUUGUGUUGCUCUUGGAGGCCGUGGGCCUUCACAUGCAGCCAGAGAGAUGGUGCAGGAUGUUGUCCUCAAUUCCUCCGUUGGGGCCAAAAGAGGCCGUUGAUCCCCAGAAGAUAGACUUGUGUUGCUGUGACUGCCCUUGUUGAUUCUUUAGUAAAUCUGUAAAUUAUGCCCUAAUGAUCAAAAGUUUUGGUCCCAAGUUGCGAUCAUAGUUGCCGUACAUUCCAAAGUCAGCAGUUGAAGGCACCGAAGAUAGGAAUGAUUGGUUAUGCUAAUAUCUGCAGUAAAGGACAUAAGCAAAUAUGCAUUGCAACGGGUGUAUGAUUAUCUUUUACAUGUAAUGCCAAUUAGACGAGGCUAAUCAGCUGUUUUAGAACUUAAAUCUCUGAACAAUAGAUAACUCAGUUAUUGUAGUUAUUCUUCAUCAUUUCUCUUCUAUUCAUUGGACCGUUGAAAUAAGUCAGCACUAGUGUAACUGCUGUUUGGGAUUCUUAACCAGGACUUCCAUUUUGUGUGUUUGGCCUGGACUUGUUUUGUGACACUAAAUGAGGUUAUAUUAUAGCUAUUUAGAAUUUGCAA